AUGAAAAGGGAAUCUUCAAGUAGGAAGCCUCAACCCCGGAAUGGCAAUACUAGGCAUCGUAAUAGUUACGACGAGAGCAGAGAAGUUAUAAAGAAUAAAUCUCAACUCGAUAUUUCCUAUUCUGGUUCUAAAUACAAAAGAAGACAAGUACCAGAAUCGUUACCAACCAAACAUCACUUAGAUAUAAAUUCUGAACCCCUUCAGGAAGGUUAUCAUAAAUCUCAAGUUGCUCUACAAAAUGACCCUGAUUUAGUCCCUACAAUUGCUCCAAUGACAUCAGUUAAAGACGGACACGAAGUUGAUCAAAGGCAAUAUUGGCAAAAUAGAAACUUAGGUAACAGCCAUAAAAGCGACCAUCAUAGUGGUAGGCCGUGUGAACAACGUUUGAAAAGACAUAUGGAUUCGCAUACUGAUGGCCAUGAUACCUAUACGUACGAUAAUAAAGAGAAGAUAGAACCAACCCCUAAGCAUUACAAAGUUAAUGAUAACCCAGAAAAUAUAAACAUAGUUUCUACUAUACCCGAACCACGCGAACCUAAAGCUUCUAUUCCAGCUAAUAACGCAGUAAUUGACUGUGAAGUAUUAAUAUUUGAUGGGCAACAAAGGAAUUACGCUGAUGAAGUCGUAACAUCGCUAAUUCAGAAAGGCAUUAACUCGCAAUGGGUGCUUGUUCCUACUGGUAUUAAUGCUGCUCAGGCUGUAGAUAGCUCUUCUAGGAGGGGCCUACCAUUUGUGAUUACAAUAUUUGAUCAAAAUGAAGCUAGACGCUCUGUAACUCUUAAUAUUCUCUUCGGUACUCCCCAAGAGCAUCGAAACAUGCCCCUAGAAAAUGCUUUGGAGAUGGCAAAGAAAACGCAUUUGCAAUAUACUUCCUUCUUUCAAGAUUGUUUUACUCAGUCUUCUACUCCUACUAAUUUAAGAAGUUUACCCCCUACUCAAAACCCUGAUAGAGAUCUCAAACGACUUUUUAUGUCAGCUAUUGAGGGUGGGAAUAUAUCUUUAAACGAUAUAGAUAAUAUACGCAGGUAUUUGAAUAAGUUGGAAGAUAAACUAUUGACUAAACGGGCGUCUUCAAGAGGAUCCAUUGUAACUGCAACUUCUCCUUGUAAUGAACCUAUGAAGCAUCCACUCCAAGACUAUCAAAUUUAUGAAAACGUAAAUUCCAGUCGCGAUUGGUACACUAGCAGGAAAGGUUCAACAGUCCAGUGGGGACCGACCGGUGAUUGUACCCCUGAAAUAGAUAACUACCCAAACCGGGUCUACAAUGCUGAUAAUAUCCACAGAGACCCGAUUCAUAGCCAUUCAAAUAUUAACUACGGAAAAGAUUUUAAGAUCCCUUUACGAAACCUCGACUCUCCUGCUACCUCAAAUGUUGACCUUAUAAAUGCUGAAUGGAAUACUCAACGCAGCAAUGAACAUCCCGUUGACAAUCCUCCUUCUCCUUACCCAUAUGGCAGAAAUCGUAUUAUUUCACCUGAUAUUGCUAACAAUUAUCAUCUAAUGAGCACUAAUACUCCCCAAGAAAAUCCCCAGUCUUACGGUAUGGACAAUGGUUUGUCACACGGCAGAGUAAGCGCUGAUGAACACUAUACCAUUAAUGAUCGACUUAUUACCAGACCGAAUGCCACCCCUUCUGUUGUACGCAGCCAUGAUAAUCGAAGCGAUUUAAUGCAUAGCAGUGAUAGCACUAUUGACGGCAAUUAUGAUUCUCGGUCAUUUUCAUGGAUACCUCAGCCUUAG